GUUAAAAAAAAGGAAGAUUAAAACGGCAAGCGUUUUUGCACCCAGAUGCUUGUGAACGCUUGACCCGGAAGUUACACACGAAAAAGACAAAUUUUCCAGAUGUACAAAAACAAAAUGAGAAUUUACGUUAAAAUACUUAAAGGAUCCGAAUGUGAAGUUUCUAUAUCAGCAGGAGCAAGUAUACAUGAUGUGAAAUUACAGCUGCAGAGCCAGGUUUCUAUACCCGUCGAUCAGCAGAAACUAAUAUAUCAAGGCAAAGCUUUGUUAGACGAAAAGUCACUAGCUCACUAUAAAAUUGGAGAUGGAGCUAAGCUUUUCUUGAUGCUGAAGAAACCAGGCACUGGAGCAACCCCAGCCACCUCCUCUUCCACACCAUCUCAUACACCUCUCAAAUCACCAGAAAUUGUUCCUAUGGCUGUAGAUGUGCAGGAGGAGGAGUUCACUAUAACAGAGGAUCCAACAGGAUUUUGGGAAAAACUUUCAGUGUUUUUAAAGAGACAUUUUACUGAAAAGGAUGCAGUCAAAGUUUUAAAAGAAUUUAAAAAGAAUUAUGACAGAGGAUUAGAUAGCCUCAGUUUAGAUGAUAUUGAAAGACUGGCAGCAAAGAAAUUACAAGAGGGAGGAUACGGCUAUCCACUUAGAUCUUGACAAAGUCUGUUGUUUUUAGAGACCAUACAGUAACAAAAUACAGUGAUGCAGAUUUCAACCAGUGAAUAAUGUUGCAAAUAAAUCAAUUUGUUGCAUAUCAGCAUGGGAUCACUGGACCAAAUUUGCAUCUGUAAUAUUUUAUUGAAGGACACUGCGGCCAUUUCUGUUUUUACAGAGUUUUAGCUACAUCAGGAAAUAGUUACAGCAACAUCCAUUUUGGACUUAUUAUUUUGUAACUUUAUGAAACUUCACUUUUAAAGUAUUUUGUUAAAACCAUCUCUCUUUAGAAACAGUUUAGAGUACAAUAUGUCAUUGUUUUCAAUACCAGCUUACUAUAAGCAGACCGAGACAGAUGAUAUGUGAUGAAUAAAGUUGAGAAAAGUGAGAAAGUAUGGCUUUACAAGUAACGCUACCCAUCUAUCCAAGUUUCUUCAUGGUAAAUCCAAGGGUUCAGAUGUAUGUCAGUUUAUGGUAGAAAUUUAGAUGCUAAGUGGGUUAGGAACCUGUGAUUAAUCAGGGGCAUAAUUCUGGAAGCCAUAUGAGAAAAAGCUGUACUAAGUGUUUCAUGAAACUCUAUUAAAUAGGUACAAUUUCACUUGUAGACAAGUCAUAGAAUCAGUUUCUAUCAACAAUGUUAUAGUUGUGUCAAGAGGAGAUUGAUGAUGUCUUGCAAAAGGUGUUGCAAAAUCUCUGAUACUUUUGUGAAACAAGUUCAUUUAGUUUUAGAAAUAUGUUUUAAAAGUAUGUUAUCACUGUGUAUAUUUAUAUUAUGUUGAAAUAGCAAUGGUUUGAACAAGGCCUCACUUUUUAAUGUAUAGCAUCUUUUACAAAUAGACUUGAAAUGUGAAACAACUUUUUAUGACAGAAGUGUCAUAACUUCACAGGACAAGAUAAAUCUGCAGUUACACCGAGACUCGAACUGAGGACUUUCGGCUCCUAGGCCAUAUUUGCUCAAGUUGUGAAUGAAGUCCGAAACAGUGAGAUUAACACAAACAAAUAUACUGAAAUGCAUGACAAUGAUAUUUAUUUGUGAAAAAUACAUAAACAUGAAAACAGUAAUAAAGUGUUCAAAUAG